CGGCUGCCUCUGUUGUUGUUGUUCAUCUCGAUCUCACUCAGUGACUCAGUGCUUCAGUUUCUAAGUGACAAAUAACAUCAAGUUUUGUGUUGAUUUAAGAAUGUUGGCAAGAUUAGUAGUACUAGCCAUAUCAGCUGCUAUGGUGCAGGGGCAUAGUUAUCACCUAGGACCCUGUCCAACGGUUGCUCCUCUUCCAGCAUUUGACAUGUCAAAGUUUCUAGGAAAAUGGUAUGCCAUUCAGAAGAUUCAUACAGUUAGCCGAUGUCUGACGUACAGUUUCACCCCAUCUUCUGUUCCUGAAGAGUUUAACUUAGAGCAAGUGUCAGAACAUCCUGUCCUCGGUUUGGCCGAUGUCGACAACAAAUACCACUACUUAGGACAUCUGUCAGUACCUUCCCCUUCCACCCCAGCUGAGAUGAUCGUCAAGUUCCCUCUCAGUGUAGCUGGUAGUGCAGUUUACACUGUGUUUGACACUGACUACACCAACUACGGAGCUGUGUUCACAUGCCAGAACGCACCGUUCAAACUCGGACACCGUAGAUCAGUCACCAUCCUCUCCCGUGGCCAAACUUUGGACAAAGCUUACCAUGACAAGAUCUUAAGUAUGGUCAGUAGUUUUGGCAUAGAACUUAAAGAGCUUGACACCAUUGAUCAGACAAACUGUCCAAGCAAAGGCCAAUCUAUUGUCGAUAUUAACGUCAAUGAGAAGAAAAACGAAGAAGAUGAACACAAUCGUCUAAGUACUGAUGAAGAAAGAGAAAGGGAAAGAGUGGUUGAGGAGCUAUUCUAAAUCACAGCACAAGAAUCAACAUCAAAAGAAACAUUUAGCUGAUAGAAGAAAAAGACAAAUGUACAGCUCAUACUAAAGACUGAUCUAGGCCUACUCAUAUUUAGAAAUAAUUAUAGUAAAUCAUAGUUUUAUAGUUCAACUGCUUAGAAAACGGCCUGCGCGCUAAUGCUAACCAAUGCUAGAGGAGGUCGCUUUCUAAGCGUCCGAACUAUAGUCAAAUAAACCAUAUCUAGGAUGGUAAAUAAUUUUGAUCUGUCUAAUAUGACUAAGCAUAUUUGCUAUGAAAUUAAUUAUUAAUUGUACUCGGAUUUAUUAAUCAUGUAUUUGUUUAACAAUUGUUGGUAUUAAGACCAACAACUUAGACCUGUAUAGUGUAUAUACUGUUUUAUAAGUAUGGUAAAAUAAAAUACUUCCUUUUUUAAAAC